GGUUCAAUCGGAUUUUAAUUCGGAGAAAGUUGGACCAAAAACUUCGCCCCGACUAGGACCAAAUUAGUCCCAAUCAGGGAUAAUGUACAAUAUCCCAGAACUGCGUCGCUCACCCCACUCAGCCGUUGGAAUAGGAAAGGAAAGUAACCCAGGCUUGGCUUCUUCCUCCACUCUUCUCCUAUAUAAGAAUACACAACUUCCUCCAUUCUUCACCAAAUCCUUCAAUUAUUUCUUCUACUUUGUUGCUCUGAGUGAGGAGAACACACUGGUGCUCUCAAUUUGGUGUGAAGUCGCCGGAGCUAACCACAUACCUCGCCAGAAAAUUUCCAAAAUUUCCAUUAAGCUUUGAGGUAGGUAGAAUGAAUGACAUAUUCCUGCCAGCGGAUGGGACGAGACAGUGGUGGUGGAUUUAUGAAUAAAAUAAAUAAUUGUGUUGUUA